CAAGGUUGCGGGUGAGACUAGCCCUAACCUAGUGGAGAGUAAAACCCAAUUGGAGCACAGAAAUGAUGGUGCUGUGAGUGAUAAUAUAUCUACUCUCAGUCACCAAACAAGGCACUCACUCAAACUCAACACAGAGAGAGAUAUGGCAGAUUACGACGAGAGAUACGAAGGGAACGGAGAAGAAGAGGAACUUCACAAUUCUCUUCCUCAUCCUCAUCCCCAGCCUGAUUCCUCUCCUCACCCCACCCACGACGAUCUCACCGAUUCCAAAUCUCACCAUGGGUCUCGCGAUUAUGACAGAGACUCUUCCAGAAGCAGAGAUAAGGAACGGGAGAAAGGGAGAGACAGGGAAAAAAAAAGAGAGAAGGGAAGGGACAGGGAAAGGGAUAGAAGUAGGGAUAGGGAUUCAGAGAGAAGUAGGGACAAGGACAGAGAUAGGGAGAAGAGCAAGGACAGGGAGAGGGACCGGGAUCGUGAUGGUGGUGAGAAGGAAAGGGAUCGUGACAGGGACCGCCAUCAUAGAGAUCGACACAGGGAUCGUGGUGAGAGAAGGGAAAGGACAAGGGAUAGAGAUGACGAUGAUCAUCACAGAAGUCGUGACUUUGACAGAAGAAGGGAUUAUGAUAGAGAGGAUAGGCAUAGGCACAGGUCUCGGUCUCAGUCUCAAUCCCGGUCAGGGGGUCGAUCUGAGCAUAGAUCAAGGUCGCGUUCUCGUUCACGCUCAAAGAGCAAAAGGACUAGUGGUUUUGAUAUGGCUCCCCCUGCCUCUGCUAUGUUGGCUGGUGCUUCUGCUGUUGCAGGUCAGAUCACUGGGGCUAACCCUACAAUUCCUGGAAUGUUUCCAAAUAUGUUUCCGUUGGCUACAAAUCAGAUGCAACAAUUUAGUGCUCUCCCUGUCAUGCCAGUGCAGGCUAUGACUCAACAGGCUACUCGACAUGCUAGGCGGGUGUAUGUUGGAGGCCUCCCUCCUACAGCUAAUGAGCAGUCAGUUGCAACUUUCUUCAGUCAAGUUAUGGCUAAGAUUGGUGGAAACACUGCUGGCCCAGGUGAUGCUGUGGUCAAUGUUUACAUUAAUCAUGACAAGAAGUUUGCCUUUGUGGAGAUGAGGUCUGUUGAGGAAGCUAGCAAUGCGAUGGCUCUGGAUGGGAUUAUUUUUGAGGGGGCACCUGUUAAGGUCAGGAGACCUACUGAUUAUAAUCCUUCCUUAGCUGCUACCCUAGGCCCAAGCCAACCUAACCCAAACCUUAAUCUGGGUGCUGUUGGCUUAACACCUGGGUCGGCCGGUGGACUUGAUGGUCCUGAUCGGAUUUUUGUUGGUGGACUUCCAUAUUACUUUACUGAAACACAGAUCAGGGAGCUUUUAGAGACUUUUGGUCCUCUACGGGGAUUUGAUCUAGUGAAAGAUAGAGAAACGGGUAACUCAAAGGGUUAUGCAUUUUGUGUUUACCAGGAUCUUGCAGUUACAGAUAUUGCGUGUGCUGCUCUAAAUGGAAUAAAGAUGGGAGAUAAGACUCUUACAGUUAGACGAGCUAAUCAAGGUGCAAACCCACAGCAGCCUAAACCUGAGCAAGAGAGCAUUUUAAUGCACGCACAGCAGCAGAUUGCACUGCAGAAACUUAUGUUGCAGCCAGCCUUAGUGGCAACAAAAGUGGUGUGUUUAACUCAUGCAGUUUCUUCUGAUGAGCUCAAAGAUGAUGAAGACUAUGAUGAGAUUCUUGAUGAUAUGAGACAGGAGUGCUCCAAAUUUGGUACUUUGGUGAAUGUGGUGAUCCCACGACCACCGCCUGAUGGUGAACCUGCCGCAGGAGUUGGAAAGGUGUUUUUGGAGUACGUUGAUAUUGAUGGUGCUACAAAAGCCCGUGCUGGAUUAAAUGGGCGAAAAUUUGAUGGAAAUCAAGUAGUAGCUGUUUUCUAUCCAGAGAACAAAUUUGCUCAGGGAGAUUAUGAAGGCUAAUUGUAUGUUAUUUGGAUUCUAUCUUGAUUAGUAAGGAUAAUCUUUUGUAUUAUUAUCAUAAACUUGUAAGCUAGAGUUGUGGUCAUAGUACAUAAACUUAGAUGCGAGUAGUAAGAAAGUCAUGAUGGACAAUUUAUUAAAAAUAGUUUUAUCGGUCUACAUGGAUCCUGUCUGGUCCCUUGAGAAAUUAUCGAUUUGCUUGAGUGAGGUUUGUUUUAAAGUAGACUUCUGCAUUAGUCAAAUUAAAGUUUGUUGCUGGUGAUUCUACUGA